UCUCUCUCACUUCACCUACCUUUCUCUCUCAAUCUUCCCACCACACCCCUCCCCCUCUUCCCGGCUUGCUCGCCGGCGGCCACCCCCACCGGCGCCGCGAGGCUACCUCCCUGGCCCCAGUCUCGCCCGCGCCCGCGCCCGCGCCCUCCGGCAUGGCGUCACCCGCGGUCGCCUCCCCGAGCCGGGCAGGGGCCACCACCGCCAGCCCCACCACCGCGCCCUCGCCGGCCUCCCCGCCGCGGCGCCUCGCGCCGGCGCCACCCGCCGCUGAAGCGUCCGCGGCCUCCUCCCCGGCCUCCGCGCACUCCGGGGACCAGCUCUCCGCCUCCGACGCAUCGAGCCCGCUUCUCGCGAGCAGGAGCGAGGAAUACAGGCUUCUGUUCCGGCUGUCACCCGACGAGGUUCUUGUGCAAGAUUUUAAUUGCGCUCUCCAAGAAAAUAUUCUCUUUCAGGGGCAUAUGUAUUUAUUUCUUCACCAUAUAUGUUUCUACUCUAACAUUUUUGGAUAUGAGACGAAGAAAACAAUACCUUUGCAAGAGGUGACUGAUGUUCGUAAAGCAAAGACAGCUGCCAUUUUCCCUAAUGCCAUUGAAAUUGUUGCUGGUAGUAAAAGGCACUUGUUUGGAUCUUUCAUGUCGCGUGAUGAAGCCUAUCGAAUUAUAGUGGAUGGUUGGGAACAUCAUGUUAGUGAUGCAAGAGUGCUCCUCGAACGUCAGGAUACUAAGUCAGCAAGUAGCAGUGAAGAGAAUGGUUAUGUUUUAUUGGAAGGAGCAAAGGAGUCCAAAGAAGAAGAUUCAUCACCACUGGACAGGCCUGUUAUUGGUACAGCUGUCACGAGUAGUGGUGCUGAUAGUGGUGAUUCAGACAUCAAUAUUUCCCAAAGGUUUUCAGAAGUGCAGGAGGAUAUAAUCGAAGACAACAUCAUUGCACUUAACCCAUUCAGUCUGGGGCCAGUUGAUGAUGAUGCUCCUAAUGUACCUGAGUCAUAUACUAUGAUCGUGGAGUCAAAGUUUCAGGUGUCUGUGGAGGUCCUCUUUAAUUUUUUAUUGUCUGAUGGUGCUUUUGGCUUUCUGGAUGAUUUCCACAAACAGUGUGGUGACAAAGAAUUUAGUUGCUCCAAAUGGUGUUCGGAUGAGCAGGGAGGACUUGUAAGGGAUAUCUCAUUUUUGCAUCCAAUCAAAAUUUAUCUUGGUGCAAAAUUUGGGACUUGUCAGGAGGUGCAGAAACUUAGUGUUUACAAAAACAGGCAUCUAGUAAUUCAAACCUCUCAGUCAAUUGGUGAUGCACCAUAUGGUGACUAUUUCACUGUUGAGGGGAUCUGGGAUGUUGAACCAGAUAGCCUAGAUGGGAGCAGUUGUUACCUCAGGAUAUAUAUUAAUGUGGCCUUCUCAAAGAGAACCAUAUUUAGAGGGAAGAUAGAGCAGUCAACAAAAGAUGAAUGCCGUGAAGUUUUCGGGCUCUGGAUUAAUCUUGGUCAUGAUCUUUUGAAGCAGGAGAGCAACUCUCGAUCAAAAGGCGCUUCCAGCUUAACUAAUGCUGAUCUUCAAUCAGGGGCUACAGCAAAUGGGGAAAAUACUUUAGAAAAUACAGUUCCAAAGGUGACUUCUGCACAGGAUGAAUCUGGCGUGAGAAGCCUCAUUCCUCCUAUUCAAGACCAGCAGCAGAGAAUAGGAAGAGAUUCUUCUAUAGCAUCCACUUCACAAGAAUUGUGGGGUUCACUAUCAUCGUUUAUGAGAUCGAGCCAACUUGGUCCAGUGCUCGUGGUGGCACUAGUGGCCAUCAUUAUCUUAAUGCAGGUAACCAUCAUAGUUCUACUAACUAGGACCCCCCAGGUCCAAAUGGUUCCCCAUGGGACCUCCGCUGAAAGCUUCAGUGGCAAAGAAAGCAUAGAGUGGAUGCGAAAGCGACUAAGCUUGCUAAGCGAGGAGAUGCAGCUGGCCGAAGUGCACAUGGAGAGGAUGAGGCACGAGUUUGCCUGGCUCAAGUCUCAUCUGGAGAGACUGGAGAGGCUGAGGGGCAGCUCAUGACUGGAGAGCAUACAUGAGGUCCGAUGCCGAGGUCAUGAUGUGAAUGCGGGGGGAGGUGGAUGCAACUCAGAGAUGUAAUGUUUAGCGUUUUUUUUUUCUUUGUUUAUAUAGAGCGUACAGUUACAAACUGUAGAGCGAGGCGGAGUGUUGUUGCAGAAACGUUGCCGUAAGGCAAAAUUGGGAAUCCCGGUAUAUCAUUUGUUGUAAAUAUCUGGACCAUCCCAGGGUGCUGGGGUGGUGUACGCCAUUACGAGGAUGUGGUGUGAGGCCAUUAAGCUC